AUGCGCAUCUCUCUCCUCCUGAGCUCUAGUGAAAGACAUCAGAGCGCUUCUGAAAUGUUCACGUUUAUUUCCCUGCUGCUUGUUUUGGGCUCGUGUGCGAGCGAACGGCUCUCAGGUGGACGGCUCGAGCGCAGCAUCAACAGGUUGUACCGCUCACGGCUGCAUGUGAAUAACGGCAUGCACAUGGGCUCGUGUGGGCUGAAGGACAUGUGUCCGGCGGGGACGUAUGCUGCAGGAUUCAGUCUGAAGAGGAAGGGGUUUUGGGCUGGUGAUGCCACGGGUCUUAAUGGGAUCCGUCUUCACUGCAUCAACCCUUUGAGGUGUUCACUGUGCCUGUAUGAAGACUACGCCACAGUUCAGUCUGACGCUGGGAGCUGGGGUCAAUGGACGGAUAUUAAAUGGUGCUCGGGUGGUUUUUUGACAUCUUUUCAGCUGAGAGUUGAACAGCAUCGGGGGGUCUGGGACGACACCGCAGCGAACAACAUCAGGUUUACCUGCAGUGGAACUGGACGGGUGCUGGAGGGCUCGGGAACAUGGUGGGGUGACUGGGGGAACUGGAGCGACAAGUGUCAGGGAAAAGGAAUCUGUGGGAUCAAGACAAAGGUGGAAGUACCGCAAGGAGUCAAAGACGACACGGCCCUCAAUGACGCGCGCAUGUAUUGCUGCGAUUAGAACCUGUGAUUACAAAAAACAGCAGAGAAUUCUCUUAUCCCUAAAGAGAACUUGAAAAAGUUACUUAAAACGAACAAUUGCAGACUGUAACUGGAGCACAUGAGGAUAAUUCAUUUACUUCUGUAGAACUGUUUGUUUGUUAUUAGGUCAAGUGCAUUUCUAG